GGGUAACAGCACUGGUGACAUUCCCGAUAGAAAACCAUCUGGGAGCCAGAGGGAAAAUAUUUAAGGAAGACAAAGCCCUGUUUCGAGUUUCCAUUAUCCCUCAAGCAUGAAAGCAACUUGCCUUUUCCUGGUUGGGCUCCACUUUCUUCGCGGCUCUGGUCUCCCUGUCUUUCCUCUGGACCAGCCGCUCGCUGAACAUGCCCUUAAUGCCUCCAUUGCUCAUGUGAACGCGCAGUCUAGGGGCCCCAACCUGUACGGAAUAACGAGGAGCUUCAUAAGGAACGUUAUCCCAACAGGGCAGGAUUCUUACAACAUGAUUCUCAACUUUGGCAUCCAAGAGACCAUUUGUCCACAAAACUCUGGGAAAGAUCCAGAUGAAUGCGAUUUUAAAACUGGUCAUUUUGUGGUGUCAUCCUCCUGUUCAAGUCGGGUACAGUUUGCUGGGGAUCGCAUCCAAGGUCUGUCUGUGCAGUGUGACAGCUCUACCAGUUCCAGUUCCGAAUCGGACAGCAGUGAAGAGAUGGUGUAUGUGUUUAUGCAGCCCAAUGGAAGAAAUCCAGCUGGAGGUCCCGAUCCAAUUGUAUCUCCAAACCCCACCCAAGACGACACGGUGACAACACAUGUACAGAGUGGACAGAGGAACGAGUCCAGUAUUUACCUCACUAACCUCCUAGAGUAAUGAACAUGGGGACAUCCUAAACACUGGAAAAUACUAGCAGUCCUUCAGCAAUAGCAUCUUUGUCAUUUCACAACAACCCUCUGAAGUCGGCUUAUGCAAAUGAAGCUCAUAACAGAAGCUUGGAGGAAGGACAAGCCCCAGUUCCUGACCAGCAAGAGCUCUGCAGCAUAAAAACAGAUCUCCAGCCCCGUUUUAUUCAGCGGUUGUUGCAUUAACAACUCCACUGCCAAAGCAGUGUCCCUGUCCCUUGUCCACCAACUAUGUGAAUACAUCAAUAAAGAUGGCUUCCAGUAUCUCACUGAGGCUUGUCUGUAUCUUCUGAACAAUGCCCAAUUAUCACCUAGGUCUAAUCGAUUUCUACGUGCUGUUUACAGAAGUACUAAGCCACAGAAAAAAAAAUCAACUACUCUGUAAAGGACAGAUUUUAAUUAAACUCCAGUGUUUUUUUAAAAACACUUACACGGGUCUAAACCACCUUUCUUACAUCAUAGCUUUAAGAAUUACACAUAUUCCAUUUUCAGAUUAUCUUACACUGGAGCCUAAUCAUUUUAAGGCAAAAGACCAUAAAAUAAAAAUAAAACAGGCAUAAAAUUCUGUGUAAAUGAACAAUUUGACUUUUUUAAACUGUGAAGGGCUUAAAAGAGAUAAACAAUUGACAUCCUGAUUGUAAUUAAAUUAAAUGUAUUCACAUGCCGGUCCUCACCCCUGUACAAAUGGGUUUUGACAAGUAAAUGUAUUAUCUGUGGCUAUCCGCAGAGGAUUAGCUGUUGAACUUGGGAACUUAUUACUGAAGCCUUAAAAACAAGCAUGGAAACAGAAGCAGGCAGCGAGGGCUUUAAAAGACUUGUACAAUGAGUCUGGGGCUUGCCUGGCUCUGUACAGAAUAUGGGGAAAGAAGGCAAAUAAAAAAAACCUGUAACAUUUAAAA